AUGUCUCUCUUAGAAAUUUCAAACCUAGUCGAUAUAGCAGCUUCUCCAAACAUCGGUAUUGACAAUGGCAACCUUGCCAGUCACCUCUUUAUCAUCAUCUUCUUCUUCGUCGUCGUCGUUGUCGACAUCCUCAUCUUCUCUUUCUUCUUCGUCCUCUACCUCGACCUCGACUAUUUUGCCUACUUCCACAACAACCAAUGGGACCGCUACGACGACCUCUACACUGGCGGCGACGACUACAAGCACCUCAGGACCCACCACGCAACCCUCUCAUGA